CAAACGAUACGAUCAUUCUAGUUGAAACCAUUUCGUACUUCCUAUUUGCACCAGGCUGUUUUAUUUUUAUUUUCUGGAACUCGGAUUUUAUCAUCCGCUUCCGCACUACUGCGGUACUCGAAGACUUGUUUUCCUGGCUUCCCGCAGCCACUAUGCAACGCUGUAGAUAGCCUAUAAGUAGUGGGGUGGGUAGAAGAAGACAGGGAAAAAAGAUGUCUUCUGCAUCGCUCAGCUUGCGCCUUUCAUCAUUCCACCAAACCAUUGUCCCCCUUCGCUGUAGUCCCUUCAACAGCAGAAAGAAUCGGAAACGAUUUUCUUUCUUGGAAAACAAUGAGUCAAUUGCUCUAUUGGCUUGCUCUAUCUCAAAGCCUGGACCCAGUUUCUUACCCUCUGCAGACAAUAGUUCCAGCAAUUUCUGCAUUAUUGAAGGGCCAGAGACUGUUCAGGACUUUGUUCAGAUGGAGGCGCAGGAAAUCCAAGAUAACAUUAAGAGCAGGCGCAACAAGAUAUUUCUCCUAAUGGAAGAGGUGCGGAGGCUACGGAUACAACAGCGCAUCAAGGGCUUGAAAGUUAGCGGGGAAAGUGGUGAAGAGGAGAAUGAGAUGCCAGAUAUCCCAUCCACAAUCCCUUUUCUUCCUAACAUGACCACAAAGACAUUGAAGCAGCUUUACCUUACAAGUUUUUCAUUCAUUUCUGGAAUUAUUGUAUUUGGGGGCCUGCUUGCACCAAUUCUUGAGCUAAAGUUAGGAAUAGGAGGCACCUCUUAUGAAGAUUUCAUACGCAACUUGCAUCUUCCAAUGCAACUAAGCCAGGUCGACCCGAUAGUGGCCUCAUUUUCAGGUGGGGCAGUGGGGGUUAUUUCGUGCUUGAUGCUAAUUGAAGCUAACAAUGUGGUCCAGCAAGAGAAGAAAAGGUGCAAAUAUUGCCUCGGGAGUGGAUACUUGGCAUGUGCGCGUUGUUCUGGAAGAGGUAAAUGUGUGUAUGUGGAUCCCAUCUCAGUAAACGGCGCUUCAGGCAAGGCAUUACGUGAACCAUCUCCUCAAAGAUGUCAAAAUUGCUCUGGAGCAGGAAAGGUGAUGUGUCCUACAUGCCUCUGCACGGGGAUGGUGAUGGCAAGCGAGCACGACCCUCGAAUAGAUCCGUUCGAUUAGGUAACAGAUUGGGAGCCAUCUGAUGUUGCCUAUACUAGACUACUCACACUGUACUACCUCAGUAAACUAUUACCUGUAACUGUAAGUAUAGAAGCCGUGUAAGGUAAACCACAGACGUGAAUGUAAAUGCUCCAUUCUGUCAUACUGGUGAAAUAAGAGCAUAUGACCAUCCUUCCAUGGAUUGGUUAUCCUUUUGAAGGGAAAUAAAGUAAUCAAUGUGCUCGCAGAAAACCAGCCAUGACUGCUCUGUCAGGAG